AUGUACUCCACCGGCGGCACCACCAGCGGCUGCGGCGGAAAGCCGCCCUGCAUCACGAGCUUCGUCGACUACGGGAGCGUCGAGAGCCACAGGUACUACCUGGCUCGUCGAACGGUCCUCGAAAUGCUCAGAGACAGAGGCUACGUCGUCUCCGACGCCGAACUCACCAUUUCACUCACUGAGUUCCGUUCUAUCUUCACCGAGAAGCCCGACCUUGAACGCCUCCGCUUCUGCGUCUCACACGGCUCGAAACCCUCCAAAAAGGUUCUGGUUAUCUUUUGUGGAACUGAAGAGAUCAGAAAACAAGAUAUUGUUGGCAUUCUCAGUCAGAUUGCCAACAAAGACAGCUUGCACCGGGUGUUGUUGAUUUUGCAAAACAAAAUGAAUCCCUAUGCUAGGAAAGUAGUGGAUGAGUAUCCAAUCAAAGUUGAGACUUUCAAAAUUACCGACUUGUUGGUCAAUGUCACGAAGCAUGUUUUAGAGCCAAAGUAUGAGAUUCUAACCACUGAGGAGAAGCAAAAGGUGCUAGAGAAAUAUAAAGUGGAAGACAAACAGCUUCCUCGAAUGCUGGAGGAUGAUGCGAUUGCCAGGUACUAUGGACUAGAGAAGGGAAGUGUGGUGAAAGUUACUUCCAAUGGUGCUAUUACUGAUUUACUUGUUACUUACCGCUGCAUAAUGUGAUGCCAUUUUAUGUGGUGAA